AUGGCUAUAGUUCGUAAAUUCUCGAAGCUCCCGUUAAUUGCAGUGUUCAUAGGCAGAACCCUCUUGAGAACCGAUGGGAGUGAGGCAACUGCUAUCUGCACUGGUUCUCCCAAGAUUACAGCUUCCUCUAGGAAACCCUAUAUCUCAAAAAGGUUGAACAUGCUACCCGAUAGCUUCCGAACCACCUUCUCACUCUGCUCUCUUUCAAGCGAUCCAAGCAGGCCCACUGACAGCGCCUAUUUAUUAACAAACAGGAUAAACAGUGCACCGCCUGGCGUCCGGACUUCUCUCCUUGACUCUGGUCUGCAGGUGGUCGAAGUAUACACGAAUUAUCGUGGGCUGUAUGAUGGGGGCAUUCUUUCGUCCAGCUCUCCGCCUCUGGGCUAUUUCGUACUUUCUAGAGGUCAAAGGGAGUCUUACCUCGCCAUGAAAUCGGGGUUAGGAGGCUCACAAGUCUGCCUACCCAUGGAUCUCUGA